AUGGCGAUGACAAAAUGUAACCCUACUCUCAAUGAAGCAUCCAAUGAGUUUAUUGUGAUUCAUAGCAAAAAGCUUCUCGAACACAAAAAAUUAGCAGGUGGUCACAACUCUGUUGUCUCCACUUUGCUAGAAGAACUCCUUCACACUCAUUCCAUCAAUAAACCCGAUGCAGAAAUGAAUUCCAUCAAGAAAAAUGUUGAACAGUUUUUGCAGAAUCUUAAAGAGGAAAAAACCUCAAGGGAAGGUCACAAGAUUAAAGCAACAUUAGAUGACUUAAAGGGUAAGUUGGAAUGGGAAAGAAGAAGUAGAGAGAAAACCGAGUUACUAAAUACCAAAUUAGUACAUGAACUUGCUGAAGCAAACUUAUUAGCGCAACAAUAUAUGAGAAACUACGAGAAAGAAAAGAAAGAAAAAGAACUGAUGGGAGAAGUGUACGAUGAAUUAGCCAUGCAAAUAGGAGAAGAAAAGGCUAAGCUUAUGGUAAUACUGAGCGAAUCCAGGAGAAUUUGCGAAGAAGUGGAAGAAGAGAGGAAAAUGAUGCAAAUGACUGAACUAUGGCGUGAAGAACGCGUGCAAAUGAAGUUUCUAGAUGCACAACAUGUUCUUGAAGACAAGUAUAACCAGUUGGUGCAGCUAUCUGCAUGUCUCGAAAUGUUCUUGAUAUCAAGGGGUGCUGAACUCGACACUAAGGAGCUAGAGGAUGCUGAGCGGAUCAAACAAGAAGUGGAAUCAAUAAAUAUUCAACACUAG